AGACAUGUUUCGAUCGCGGCCAAAGCGAGUCGUGCUUGCCAGCGCGUAAGCUGGCUCGUGACAUGCGCCGCGCGAGCACCCGAUACGGUGGGGGUGCGCUACCAUGGAUGUGGUGACGUCCCAUAUAAAUUCCGUACUGAAAACUUAUCAAGCGAGCGCGCCGCGCAGCCUACAGGGUCCGGGAAACGGGCGCUCCGCUCCGCGCUCUGACCCACCACCGCUGCCGCCGCCACCCGCCGCGCCGCUGAUCCUUCUAGCUGCCGACCCAGUGCUCGGCGAACGCGGGGAAACCCUCCUCGAAGGAGAGCCGAUCUCAUGUUUCAGCGUAGGCGGGGAGAGGCGGCUGUGCCUCCCACAAAUUCUCACUUCUGUUCUAACGGACUUCAGCUUAGAGCAGAUCAACCGCGUAUGCGAUGAGCUACAAAUAUACUGUUCUCGUUGCACACCGGAGCAACUGCAUGAGCUCAAAUCGACGGGAGUUCUUCCGCGAUCGGCGCCGUCAUGCGGGCUGAUCACGCAUACGGAUGCGGAGCGGUUGUGCGCGGCAUUGCUUCACGCACCGUCUGCGUCCAGCCCGCAUAAGUUGCCCGGGUUCCGGGUGUAUCAUGAGUGUUUUGGAGGCGCGCGCGGUGUAUGCGCCUCUGAUUUGAACCUAGUGCAGUGUUUGGUGUGCCGAUCGCUAUAUACACCGCGCCGAUUCGUGUGCCAUUCGCACGAGGCGGAACACCGCACGUGCCAUUGGGGCUUCGAUUCGUCGCGAUGGAGGCGCUUCCUGCUCGUGGCUGAUGAAGAACAAGAGAAGGAGAAAUGCGCAGCGUUACUGGACGAGCUGGCGGCACGGGAGUCGCCACCUCUACCUCCUACGCCUCCCAAACCUCUCAAACGAAAACAGGUGGUGGAAACGGUGGUGUGCAAAUCCGAGCCUCCAGAAUCACCCCCAAAAAAAGCGCGAAGCGAUGACUAUGGCUACGCCGCCAUCUACUUGGACAACAACCACGCUUUACCGCAUUAUGGGCACCUCCAAUAUCGUACGCUCUCCGCAUUCCGGCCCUGGGGCAAGCGCGAGCCGACCUUGCAAAAUCCCGAACGAGUGGUUCGUGUAGCGCAUUGUACCAGCUUCGAGCGUGACUAUCAACCCAAUGUGACUCUGAAGCCUCUCACGCCGCCGGUCGACGAUGUCACCUCAUCUACAUCUCCACCACCUUCGGAGCCUGAACUAGCGGCUAGGUUGUUAGAUGCAGAAGCGAGGCUGGUGGAACGUGCACGCCUACUGGACGAGCGAGAAGCGGAACUAGCACGACGUGAAGCUCGCCUCAAUGAGAGAGAAGCAGAGUUAACACGCCGCGAGCAAGUGGCAAACGAAAAAGUGGAGCUGGAACCAUCUCCACCAAAGCAGGAGGAUGGCGAACCGCCAUGUUGACCUACGCGUGUGAUCACGUGGUCGCGACAACGCCAAAACUCGCUAUGAACGCUCAGUGACAAUGCGUCUUCAGAGUACAAAAAUUUAGGUGCUGAACGACGAACGACGUUCCGAAAAAGCACCGUGUAAAUAUUAAAAGAAAACUUUUCUCAGUGUUUGAGAAGCUGUCCAUUUGUUGGAUCAACACUGUCUUAAAUUUUAAAACCUACUCGUGUACUAGUGUAUAUUAAGAAUGAUUUAUAAGGUAAUUGUGCUUAGUAAGCGGUUACCGAGUAAGUAACACCUGUAGGUACGAUGGUGCAUAACGGUGACUUCAGUCCGACAUCAAUUUGGUCACAAUAUGUACAGUAGCCUGAUGCAGACACAAUGUACAUAAUCAUAUCAAGUACAGUUCUUAAUGAAACUGUUAUUGUUUUUUACAUAUACAGUUUCGCGUAGUCUCUUAAUGUGUGCCAUUCUGGAGGUACCUCUGUUACCUUUUCGUAACCUCAGUCUGUGCUUUUUCAAUAAUAACAAAAUACUCACAAUAAUAUACAUAACGAAAUGGUUUUACAUUUUUACAAUACUUAAUAAGCAUAAUUUAUACAGGGUUAUCUUUAAGUUUUUUUUAUUUGCGUAUUGUACAUACCUAUUUACAGAUAGAUCUUGAUGAUUUAUAAUUUUAUCACUACUUCACUGUACAUAGUCAAUAUGUUUAAAUUCGUUUCUCUAACAGCCACCACAUAUUUAUAUCAUUAAGUCUAAUAUUAUUGAGCCUAAUAACUCUGUAUAAACCUCAUAUCCAUACCAAAAACUAAUACUUGAAAUCACACAUAAAUAUUUGAUACUUACAUAAUUAAAGACUUUAGAGGUUGUCAAACGAUUCUUAUUUACAUAACAUUGAAAUAAAUCCUUUAUAAUAUAAAUUAUUGUUAUAAAUUACCUACUUCCUAAUGUCUACAAUCACAUAUGUCGGAAAAAAAGUAAUAUUGUAUAUGAAUUUCUACUGGUUGUAUUGUAUGUGACUAUUAAAAAAACUGUUUUAUUAAGUCUUUCAUGAUUUAUCGGUUACUGAGACCUCAAACAUAUGUAAGAACUAAAAAUACAUUUAAUUAAAACAGCAGUCUUUCUACAUGUUAUAUAAACUGUAUCGGCUAAAAUUAAUAAUAAAAUUAAGGGGAUAAUCCCACGUUCUACCUCAUUGU